ACACACAAAAGUGCCGCUGUACUGCACUGCAGUUAAUGAACUAGGACGAAUCAAUUCCAGCUUGGUGCGGUUCAAUGUGUUAUAUGCCCCUGAGAUAAAGCAUGCCUCGACGUGCUCCUCAGAGGGCGACAUGGUAAAGUGUGUGUUCAUGGCUGAAUCCAAUCCUCCCAGUAUCAUCCACUUUGUGCUUUCCAACAAAGUUCACCUGAGCACCAAAGUAGAGCACCAUGGCUCUCUUACUGUCGGGACUCUGCAGGCUAACGUUGGGUCCUCCACAUAUGUGCACUGUGUGGCAAACAACACGGAGGGCAGUGCCAUGGUCACCGUCUCCCUGCCUGUCAAGAAUGCUCCAGUGAAUGUGAAGGUUGAGUACGAAUCAGAUGUGAAGGAGGGACAAGCUGUCCACCUGAAUUGCUCCAGUGAUGCUAACCCUCAUGUCAUUAGCUACGAGUGGCACAAUGAAACUGCUCAAGUGCACAAGGGAUCGACCUACACCCUUCGAAAUGUCUCGAGACACACAAAAGUGCCGCUGUACUGCACUGCAGUUAAUGAACUAGGACGAAUCAAUUCCAGCUUGGUGUGGUUCAAUGUGUUAUAUGCCCCUGAGAUAAAGCAUGCCUCGUCAUGCUCCUCAGACAGCGACAUGGUAAAGUGUGUGUUCAUGGCUGAAUCCAAUCCUCCCAGUAUCAUCCACUUUGUGCUUUCCAACAAAGUUCACCUGAGCACCAAAGUAGAGCACCAUGGCUCUCUUACUGUCGGGACUCUGCAGGCUAACGUUGGGUCCUCCACAUAUGUGCACUGUGUGGCAAACAACACGGAGGGCAGUGCCAACGUCACCCUCUACCUGCCUGUUAAGAUUAAUAUGCUGUAUAUUUACAUUCCCGCUGUAACAGCCGGAGGUUUGAUGAUCCUUGUAGCAGCAGUGAUAGUCGUUGUAAAAUGCAGGAGGAGAUGUGGAGACACACCAGAAUGUAACUUGAGCGCCACAAGAGCAGAGGAGUUGGAGCUCUCUGUGCCUCAGUAUUCAAUGGCACAAAGACCAGUCAGGAAAAGGACCUAUGAUGAUGCGAGAUGCCAAAGCAUUUAUGCCAACAUGGAGGAUGAAGCUGACGUGAUCUACGGCAACAUGUAACGCGCAGAAGGCCAGUUCAUGGGCACGCUGUUGAAGUUAGAAUUGAGGAAGUUGUGAAAAAUUGCUAUAUGCAUCCAAAACAUUCCUGUUUUUCUCUCCUGCUGAAACUUAACAUUGUUGAUGAAGUUUUUUAUGCCCAUCAAUGUGCUUUUGCUUGAAAUUAUUCUUUUUACUUCCCCAAGACAUUCUCAUUGUAUAUCUGAUCAAAUCGUGUUAAAGUUAAACAGCAGUAAGCUCUUGCAGCAGCUUCUUUGCAAAUGAUGAUUCUUUAGUUAAAUUUUACACCAUUUUUUUUUGCAGUUGACACAAAGCUGCAAGUUAUGUUGAAGUGUGCCCUUUGAAUUUCCUCUUCAAGUUUGUUUCAUCAGAAUGGCAGAUAAGAACACAGCAGUGAAGGAUUGCAGUAAAUAGUUUAAGUGACAUAUUAAGGGUCUUACGAGUUCAAUGUAUCUGCAUAUAUGAGUAUAUGAAGGAAGCAUCCUCAUCAACCGUGGUCAGGUAAGCAGUCACUGAUUGGAAACAAUAUUUUGUGCGUGCUUGGGAUCAAAGUCAUAAAAUCCCCUCUGCGGGUUGAAAGUGAGUUUGUGGUAAAUCAAUGUUGGGUUUAAAGGGGUUAAUAAGGCCUUCAGCCUAUGUAUAACCUAAGGAAGACUCAAGAAGAAUGUUACUUACGCUAUCUCACCAUAUCAAUCAUUGUCUUUCGCUUCGCUACAGCUUGCUCACAGACUAGUACACAUUACACCCUAAUAUCUCACUUGCUGGAGACCAGAUGAAGCUAAUCAGCUACACAUAGAAACUCACUGACACAUGAGAGGCAGUACUCCUCCCCAUUGUCUUACGGGCGGGUCUAGGUAGA